AUGAGGCAACGCUGGAAGAAUGCACUGAUUGUCAAGCUGUUGGGGAAGAGGAUCGGUGUUGGAUUCAUGAAAAGAAGGUUGGAAGCACUUUGGGCAAAGGCAGGAAGCAUUACUGUUGCUGACCUAGGAAAUGAGUUUUUUUCGGUCAGAUUCAGCAGCUUGGAGGAUUUGAAUCUAGCAAUCACGGGAGGUCCAUGGGUGAUACUGGGUCACUACUUAGCAACGAGGAAGUGGGAGCCUUGUUUUGAUCCGGACAAGGCGAACAUACACAAGGUUGCUGCAUGGGUGCGUCUUCUAGGUAUUCCACAAGAAUAUUGCGAAUUUCCUUUCCUGAAUCACUUAGGAACUGUAAUUGGAAAAGUGUUAAAGGUUGAUAGAACAACAUCAACCGGGGAUAGGGCUAGAUUUGCUAGGGUUUGCAUUGAGAUUGAUCUUGCUAAACCCUUGAAAGGUGAAUACAUAUUGGAUGGCUGUAGGAAGAGGAUUGAAUAUGAAGGUCUUUUCUUAAUCUGUUUAAAGUGUGGGCGUUAUGGACAUAAUUCUGAGUCUUGUCCAGAUUUUGUUAAGACUUCUCCCAAGGAUGCACCUAGUGAGACUCCUCAUCAGUCAAUGGAUAAGCCUGGAGUUCAAGGGGUUGGGGAAUGGAUAGUUGUUCAAAGGAGGAAGAAAGGCACUCAAGGUUCUCAGAGAAAGGAAGUUAAGAAUUCUAGGUUGUUUGGGGCAGACAUUUCUAAUUCUAAGCAGGAAGUGUGUGAUCAUGUUGGAGGAAGUGGUAUUUUGAAGAAUGUUUCUAGUAAUAAGCCAGAAGAGGAAAUUGGUAAUAUUCUGGUGAAUAAAGAAAAUCUGCCUUCGGUUAGCAACCCCCCAAAUAUAGAGGGGGUGAUGAAAUUUUCAGCCAAGGCCUCUAACUUUAAUAAGAAGAGUUCAGGGGUGAAACAAGGGGCUCCUAUCCCUAGAAAGAAUUCUUCUAAGACUAUGUCAGCCAAAGGAAAAGGGGUGCAAAUCCCAUCCUCUCCCAUUCUGGUGGCUGAGAACAGCAGACCUUCUCAGACUCACAUUUAG